UGUCUGUCAGCGGCUCGAGGCUCAGAUUUUCCUCCGCAGCUUCACUUCACUCUCAUUCACAGCAGACUGUCCCAACCAGCCAGCACUGUAAACGCACAUCAUGGCAGAGCAGGAACCCACACCAGAGGAGCUGGCAGCGAUUGCAGCAGCCAAUGAAGAGAGUGACUCUGUAGUCAACUACAAACCUCCCGCCCAGAAGAGCUUACAGGAGAUCCAGGAGCUGGACAAAGAUGACGAAAGUCUGCGCAAGUACAAGGAGGCGCUGCUGGGCAAUGCUUCUGCUGUUACUGCAGAUCCCAGCGUCCCCAACGUCCAGGUGACACGAAUGACUCUGCUAUGUGAGACGGCGCCACAACCUCUGGUCCUUGACCUGCAGGGAGAUCUGGAGAACUUCAAGAAGAACCCAUUUGUGCUGAAGGAGGGAGUUGAAUACAGAAUAAAGAUUAACUUCAAGGUCAACAAAGAGAUUGUGUCGGGCCUGAAGUACAGUCAGCAAUCAUUCAGGAAAGGAGUUAAAGUUGACAAGUCUGACUACAUGGUUGGUAGCUACGGCCCCAGACCAAACGAGGAAUACGAGUUCCUCACCACCAUGGAGGAAUCGCCCAAAGGGAUGCUGGCCCGCGGCACCUACAACAUCAAGUCCAAGUUCACCGAUGACGACAAACACGACCACCUCUCCUGGGAGUGGAGCCUCACUAUCAAGAAAGACUGGAAAGACUGAUUCACCGCUCGCUCGCUCAUUCCAUUAACGUCUUCCUCUGCUUUGUCCCACUUCUUGUUCUCGCUGUCAUUCCGUGAUUUCUCUCUGGAUCAUGUGUUGUUUUAGGCUUUUGCUCUCUCCGUCCAUCAGCCCCCUGCUCUUGCAGUUUCAUUUUCUCUUUCCAAAUUCCAAUCAUGGCAUCAUUCCUCCUUUAAUUCGUUCACACCCACAGUUCUGAUAAGUAUUAUAUCCUAAAAAAAAAUGGAGAAAGCAAACAGUGUCCACAAUCCAGAUUUUCUGGUGCUGGUUUGUUUAUAAAAGAAAAAAUGAGAAAAAAAAUAGUAUCUGUGAACUUGUCUUGAAAAAGCGAUGUGAUUUCCUAUUCCCCACGCCACUCUCUUUUCUUCCUCCCUUUUCAUUCCUCUUGAUUUUUCAGAUUGUUUUGUACAAUUACCAUAAUCUGCCUUGGAAAGCAUUGUGCAGGAAGCAGUAAUGCUGCAUGCACACGGUCGCUGUAGGGUCAUUGAGCAAUCUUUGCUGGACACAACUCUUGGACGCAGCCCUCCUAAAGCCUUUGAGCAGAUUAUUUGUACUUGGGUUGUGUUAAAUUAUUUGGAAUUCAGGCCACCUCUUUUUUUUCAAAUAGUUUAGCACCCUGCAGACUCUGCUGAGAGAAAAGGGGAAACCAUUACCUCUAAGCCUUUGCGACCCCUUGAUUUAGUUGUGGCUGUUCCCGUCCUGAUCAGGGUAUUUUAACAGUUUUAUUUCUAGCAGCCAUGUGGCCUUAAUAACAACCAUUAGAAAGAAAGAACCUAGUUGAGCCAUUUGCCUUCACAAUAAAUUCUAUAUUUGCCAGACCAUCAUGUGAGCCUGUUUAACAAAACUUGUAAUACCUGGACAAGGAAUCAGGACUAAGGACUUAUUCCUUAUGUCUUUAUUUCAGCUUUGAUGAUUUGUAAAAGCCAUGACAUCAGCUCCACUUGUAAACACCUUCUUCAUUUUGUUGUCUUAAAAUCUAUUAAAUUACCUUUCAACAUCAUUCACAACAACUUGAAAUAUGAGAAUCCAGGUUGUACUUAUGGUUUUCUACCACCAAAUGUGUCCUCUCUUGUCCAUGAGGACAUAUUUUUCAGUGUGUCUGAGGUGUUUCCUCAGCUCAUUGACCUGAUCACAGGAACUGUUAAAGUGAUCCCCUUGUAUUACUCUAAGUUAAAGAUUAGCACUGCUGACUGUGCCUCCACUCUUACAACCACAUGCUGCUUCUGCUGACUCUCCGGCGCUCUGUGCUCAACAUCGCUGAGGUGAAAUUUUGUCUGUAAUUGACUUUUGAACCAGUACAGAGACAGUCCUCAACCAGACAACGAUGGUUAACACAUCCUGCCAUGGUAAAGUGUUUUAUCUCUUGUCUUUUUUUUUAUACACUCCAUAAGUAUGUGAAUAAUGUCUGUCUGUUUGGCUUCAUUCAACUCUCGUGUCAUGGACUGAUGUUUUUCUCUGUGGCUUGGUGAGACUCGAUGUGUGCUACCUGUAUCAGUUUACUGAGCUCCUGUGUUCACAUUAAAGUGUUCAGAUUGGGAAAA